AUGGUUGAAAGUAAAUACUACGUAGUGGCUACAGUUAAUAGUCCUUCAGAUGUUAGAUGUCUAUACUGGUAUAUCUCUUGUAUUUUCUGUUGGGUGGGCUCUGGUUGUUUGCGAGCUGUGGAGGAUCAGGGGCCAUGCUGUGCAUGUUGGGCUUUUGUUGGGGCGGAAGCCAUCACGGCUUUAUACUACAUUAGGUUGGGCAAGGUGAAACCCCUUUCAAAGCAACAGGAAGGAAUCUAUUCUGAUACGGCAUAUCCUUAUGUUGCCAAGAAGGAAAACUGUCAUAACCUAUCAAAGGAGGAAAAAACUAAAAUUAAGAAGUUUCUGACUGUUAAAGAACUUGGUUUGGACAAAAAAGCAAUCGAAAAUUUAAUCCGGAAUCAACCCAUCAGUGGAUCUGUAAAGUAUGUGGAUAGCUUUCAACUGCAUACUGGAGAGGAUACUUACAUGGGUCCAACCGAAGAGGAGAUUCACUAUGAGGACCUACUCAAAAGUAGAAAUGAGCCGUCUGUAGGGCGUCAUGCAGUGCUAAUUGUGGGCUUUGGCGUUGAUGAGAAGGGGAUUGAUUAUUAUUUGAUUAAGAAUAGCUGGGGUGUAAAGUGGGGUUAUUGGGGUUAUGCCCGGGUUGAGAGGAGCAUUGUAAUGGGUUUAUCUUUUCCGGUUCUUCAGAAGUAG